AUGAAGUACAUACUUGUAGUUAGGGGUGACAUUUCGUCUUUUGUUUGGCUCCAUCUCGCUGCUGCUGCUAACGCAGAGGUCACUGCGCAAGCCAUGUACAAGUGGAUUGCAUCUUUUAGUAUCAUGGACUGGGUGCUUAGUGAUCAAGGGUCGCAUUUCAUGAACGAGUUGAACGAGGAGCUGCUCCGCAAGUACAAGGUCCGAUGUCAUUUCACUACAGCCUGCAGCCCAUGGGCGAAUGGUACUGUAGAGAGAGUAUGCCGCGAGGUACUUCGGUCAUGUAAGGCACUGCUUUCGGAGUGUCAAUUUGCCACGCAGGAUUGGCCCGCUAUUGUAUACUGUGUUCAAGCUAUCCUAAAUCACGCACCUCUCAAAAGACUUGGGACACGCUCUGCUGGAGUACACAGAACACCACUGGAAGUGUUCACUGGAAUUAAGCCGUGUCGUCCCCUCAAGUGUGCGCUUCCCGUAGUCAAAUACAAGAAUGCUGAGUCAGAGGAUGAGUUACAAUUGCGCCAAAUACACAACAUUGAAGAACUGCAGGAGGUUUUGUCGAACAUGCAUAAGGACGUGAAGCGGCGUAUCGAUGCGGUCAGAGCUCGUCAAAUACUGAAUCAAAACGCUAAGACUAAUGUCGUGCCAGCAAAGUUUCACUUAGGUGACAUGGUACUUGUCCGCCGAGCUCAAAGAAAAGGACGCAAGCUGGGAUUUGUCUGGAGUGGUCCGUGGAGGAUCUUCAGGGUGCUCAGUCAGUGGGUAUACGAUAUAUAA